AUGGAUUAUUAUUAUUACAAAAGACGCUUUCCGAAAUAUAGAUUUCAACAUUUACCAGCCGAUACCGCUAAAAUGUUUGAUUUACCUCAUCUCUAUCCCUCUUAUUCUCAUAUAGGCCGAGAGUUCAUGGAACUUGAUCCUGAACUUUACGGAUUACGAAGGUCUCGACGUAUUAAUACCGAACGUCCUGUAAGCUACAGAGAUCCCACUUCUUCUUCAGAGAACUCAGACGCUGAUGAAUAUGACUCUUCUAAUCCACGGAAAAGAAAGAAGGAAGGUUUAAAUGGCAAGAAGUCUGUCCCCACAAAGAAAACUAGAUUGAAAAGAUCACAAGAUGGCGAACAUUGGUCUGCGUCUGGUACUAACGACGAGAGCGGAUUUGCCUCAUCUCCUCAAGCAAGCAAGCCGAGCACUACGUCCGCCUCGGCAUCUGUCUCUGAUGAUUAUGAUUGGACUUUUUCGAACAAGGCGUCUUCUUCAAAACCAAGAAAGAAUGCUUUUAUCUCUGCAGAAGACUUCGUUAUGGAAAAUCGAUAUUCGAGGCGUACUCGUACUAUCACAAACUACAAUGAAGAUGAACUCGAUAGACAGCUUGGAUUAGAAGUUGAUGAAGAUGAAAUACAAGUAGAGGAAUACUAUCAACCCGAAGAAGAAGAAAGCGUUAUAGAAAGCAUUCAUGACAUACAGAGAAUAGAAGGAACUGAUGUAGACGAACCUCUGGAUCCAAAGAAAAACAUGGAAUUUCUAAUCAAAUGGAAAGGAUGGAGUCAUUUGCAUGAUACCUGGGAAACAUACGAGAACCUUCGUGGCUUGAAAGGCUUUAAGAAGUUGGAAAAUUACGUCAAGAAUUAUUUGCACGAAAUGGAAAUGUUAUCCGAAAGUCCAGAGGACAAAGAAACAAUUAACGUAAAUAAGGAAAUGAAUCGAGACAUAUUAAAAGAUUACAGAACCGUUGAACGCAUCAUCGCCGAAAGGACAUCUACCCCCACAGAUGAAAAUCAGUACCCUACUACCGAGUACCUUUGCAAGUUUAAACGUCUUUCAUACCAAGAUUGCACUUGGGAAUCGUCCGAAAGUAUUCAAGUCGAUUUUCAAGCGGAAAUUGUUUCCUUCAUUAAUCGUAAUCGUAACCCCUGUGUUCCUCACAAGAGCAAGAUGGGACUUGGAAAGACGGUUCAAACAAUUUCAUUUCUUUCAUACCUUUACCAUUCCAUUGAGCAAUACGGACCUUAUCUUAUUGUCGUACCGUUGUCAACUAUUGGAUCUUGGCAAAAUGAGUUUCAAACCUGGGCACCCGAACUUAACGUUAUCUAUUAUUCAGGCCCAACCCAAAGUCGGGAGGUAAUACGAGAGAACGAAUUUUAUAUUCCUUCAUCGUCUGGUAGCAAGAAACUUAAAUUUAACGCCUUAGUAACGACCUACGAGUAUAUACUGAAAGAUCGACAGGAGCUUGGCGCCAUUAAAUGGCAAUUUCUGGCUGUUGAUGAGGCGCAUCGUUUGAAAAACAGUGAAUCGCAACUUCACGAAGUCCUUUCGACAUUUUAUACUACAAAUCGACUUUUGAUAACCGGUACACCUUUGCAAAAUUCUGUCAAAGAAUUAUGUGCACUAGUAAACUUUCUCAUGCCUGACUUCGAGAUAGCUGGGGAUAUUGAUAUUGAUGCGCCCGAUGAAGAGCAGGAGGCGAAGAUACGUGAACUUCACAAAAGCCUUGAACCUUUUAUGCUUCGUCGUCUCAAGAAGGAUGUGGAAAAGUCUCUUCCACAGAAGACUGAAAUGAUAUUAAGGGUCGGCUUGUCACCCUUACAAAUGCAUUAUUACAAAAAUAUUCUCACAAAGAAUUUUGAUGUGCUUAACGAGGGCGUUGCUGGGUCCUCUCAGAUGAGUCUCCUAAAUAUAGCAGUCGAAUUAAAGAAAGCAAGUAACCAUCCAUUUUUAUUUCCGAAUGCCGAAACUGUUGUCACCAAGAAAGAAGAACAAUUGCGUGGAAUAAUAGCGAGUAGCGGGAAGAUGGUGCUUUUAGACAAAUUACUAACCCGACUAAGGGAAUCAAAUCAUCGCGUCUUAAUCUUUUCUCAGAUGGUCCGACUGCUGGAUAUUUUGACUGAUUAUCUUAGGCUACGUGGAUACCAGCACCAACGCUUAGAUGGUGGUGUCCCUUCCGAGGCACGUAAAAAGGCCAUCGAACAUUUUAAUGCGCCUAACUCUACCGAUUUUGUAUUCUUAUUGUCGACCCGUGCCGGAGGAUUAGGUAUUAAUUUGAAUACGGCUGACACGGUCAUUAUAUUUGACUCUGAUUGGAAUCCUCAAAACGAUCUCCAAGCCAUGGCCCGUGCUCAUCGUAUUGGUCAGAAGAAUCACGUGAACGUUUAUCGGUUUGUAUCAAAGGACACUAUUGAAGAAAGCAUUCUCGAGAGAGCAAAACGAAAAAGGGUUCUUGAAUAUUGUAUCAUAAAGCAGAUGGAUACAUCAGGUAAAAACAUUCUCCAAAAAAACCCCAAAACAAAGUCGUCCGAGAAUUUUAGUCGAGAAGAAUUGACUGCUAUUCUCAAGUUCGGGGCCCAAAAUAUGUUUAAAGAAUCAGAGAACUCGAAAAAACUGGAUGAUCUAGACUUAGAUGACAUUUUGGCUCGAGCGGAAACUCAUGAUACCGCUGGUGUUCAAUCGAGUAGUAGUUUGGGAGGUGAAGAGUUUCUGAAGCAGUUUAAAGUGGCAGACUUUGAUGGAGCCGACAUCAACUGGAGUGAUAUCAUACCACAAGAAGAGAGGGACAAAUUUGCUAUGGAAAAUGCAGAAGCCGAACUCGAGUAUGAAAAUAAAGCUGGCUUGAAGAGAAGCGCAGUAUCUCAAGGCGGUCGUUCCGAAUUAAUAGAUCCGAUGUCUUCGGAUAAUGAUCUGCCAUUAAAGAAGAAGACCAAAGCGAUUCGCAAGAAGAAAAAGUCCCAAACAAGUCGAAAGAAAUACAUGGAUUCAGAUGAAGAGGAUCGUCCAAAGAAGUCUAAAUCGAAUCGCAAAAAAUAUGUUGAUUCUGAUGGAGAGGAGCGUCCAAAGUCUAAAACGAAUCGUAAAAAGAAAUCAAAUGGUGACCGUCAUAGGUAUGAAGAUUCAGAUGGAGAUGGACAACCAGAUAGAAAGAAGAAGACGAACGGGAGCAGAAGAAAACAUUCCGAAUCGGGACAAAAAUCUGGCGAUUCGAAUUCGACACGUGAUCUAACUAUUAAGGAACUGAGAGCUUUGUAUAGAAGUGUGCUGAAGUUUGGUGACAUCCGUCAGCGUUAUGAAGAUAUCGUGAACGAUUCAGAUUUUCACGAUAAGAAUGAAGAAAAACUUUUAGAGUCUUACGACGCUCUUUAUGCAACUUGUGAAAAAGCUGUUAGAGAUUACGGGACGGCCGACACCAAUCAAAUCGAUCCGCAAUCUCGCUCUAUCCCAAAUCCUCGUGGUAAAGCAAUUCAAGUCACUUAUAACGGAUGCGACAAGAUAAAUGCGGGCAUGCUCAUCCAGCGUGUUUCUGAAUUGGGCACAUUGAACAAGAAAAUGAAAUACACAGAACCCGAAAAGUUCAGAAUCAAAGCAACAACGAAACCUACCAACAAUUGGUCGGUGACUUGGGGUCGUAAAGAUGAUCAGAUGCUCUUGGUCGGAAUUUAUAAACAUGGAUUUGGUAAUUGGAAAGCGAUCGAGGAUGAUCCCUCGCUCGGCCUUUCAGGUAAACUUGUUGAUGAGGAAGGUGACUCUCGAUCGGCCUCCGCCCAAGUAGCAAAAGUCAACCGCCGGGCCGACUACCUCUUGAGAUUGGUGCACGAGUUACAUAUGGAUGAGGAGGAAGAAAAGAAGAGGAGACGAAUUAAAAUUCGUCGUGAGGAUGAUUCUGCCCACGCCCAAGACGUUUUACAUUCGAAGAAAAAGAAAUCGGGUGAAAACAUUCAAGAACCAUCUGAUCGUGAGUGCAAGGAGCUUCUACGCCCGGUCAAGGAGAAACUUCAAUGGCUCAAGAAUGAAUCAGGCAAGUAUAAUGGAAAGGAAAAAGCGAGACGCAUUAAAGAGUCGCUGAAAGUUAUUGGCACAAGGAUCGGAGAUAUUCUUUCCACAAAAACGCCUGGUGAAUAUUCUCAAUGGCAAAACAGUCUGUGGCAAUUCGUGACAUAUUUCUGGCCCAAAAACGACAUAGAUCCGGAAAAGCUAAUCGAACUGUAUCAUAAGGUCGAAGCCGCCGAUUCUUCGAGACAGACAUAA